AUGAUUUUCUGUCAUGUAAGCCCAUUGAUUUCUCCUUUGGCCAUGGCAAGACCUUUACCAAGUCUCUCCAUGCAAAAACUUCCAUUCCUACCUAUAUCAGUCACCUUUUUCUUCAUCGUAAUUUCAGUCUUCUCCAUCUUUACCCUUGUAACUUUUCUAUGUGCUUCUCACAAAGCCACCAAAACACAGAGGCUCAAGCAACAGAAGACUAUUCAAAUGGGCGACAAAAAGCCCAUUUCGAGGUUACAAAGUAACAUAAGUAGUAAGGCUCUUUUGAUGGUGAAAAUGAUUUCAUGGAGAAAGGUGCAGGAUGAAGGAGAAGAUGAAGAAUAUUGCCAUGAUGAUGAAGAAGCUUUGUGGAAGAGAACAAUCAUUAUGGGAGAGCGGUGUCGCCCUUUGGAAUUUUCCGGGAAAAUUGCAUACGAUGCGGAUGGAAAUCUUCUUCCUGAUUCACCUCAUCCAAGUAAUGGUAAAUAA